UUUUUCCACCCAAUUGGGACAAACCGAACGCAUUCAUACUUCUGGUACAACGCCGCACUGCCUCCCUCCGUAUCCUGCCGAGUGCUUCGUUAUCUACAUGCACAUGACAAACCAGCAGCAUAGCGAGUUGAAGUCGAUAUGUAUGCCGGCCACAGACCUGGGCUUGACCGAGCGAGAGUGGGUUGAGUGGGGUAUUCGCAUCACCAGUGGCCUGUCUGCACUAGGGUGCAUAUACAUCAUCGGACGCUACGUGUUGGGUCGAAGCCGAGUCGACCGCAAUGUGACGUCGAUGCUCGUGGUGGCGCUGGCCGUGUUCGAGCUCAUGAUCGCCCUGGCCAAAGCUCCCGCAACCCAGUUCAUCCAGUUCGACUUGCACAGCAGCAGCACAUGGGUCAAAGCGGGCGUCCAACCUCCGCUGCAGGCAUCGCUCUGCCAAGUCCAGGGGUUUCUCAUCCAAGUGUUCAUGCUCCAAGCGGUGCUGUGGAACAACUGCAUGGCGUACAACCUACUGCGGUGGGUGGUCUACCGAGACACAGAGGAGGCGCUCCUGGGCCGGUUUUGGCUCUACUUCUUCGCCACGUUCACGUUCUCGUUGCUGUGGGGCGUCGGCGCCGCCCUCCCCGUGUGGACCCUCCGAUCCCCGUCGCCCGUGCCUCUGUUUGGGUUUGCCCGGUUCUUCUGCUGGCUGCAGUACCCUGACGUGUCUAUCUGGGGGUUCAUUUCGUUUGUGAUGCUCACGUUGGCCUACACUGUGGGGGCGAUGAUCAAAAUCCGAAAGGUCGUCGUGGACCGCGCCAAGCAACACUGUGCGGCGCCUGUGGACGCGGACGUGGACGCCAUCCAGCGCAGCUUGUUCCUGUACGUGUUUGUGUUCUUUAGUUUGCAUGCCCCUCCCGUGCUCUAUCGAGUCGUCAUCUACAUGGCCGAGGGAGACGAGAGCUCGGAGGGGGAUGUUGCUCACCACUGCGACUUUGACGCGGUCAACAUAUUUGGCAUCCUCGCUCAAAUCUGCAUCAACUUGCAAGGAUUUGUCAACGCUUUGAUCUAUGGCGGGCUCAUCCGCACCCCAAAGUGUCACAUGGCGCAUCGUGACGACAUGUCCGAGGUGCUGUCUGGCAACGUACGGAGCAUCUACCUCGAAGAUGGGGGGUCGACUGCGUCCGCGUCUCCUACCUCCAGCGACCGCACCUCCAUCUUUGCGUCGACGUUCAACAUGGCAGAAGGCGCGGUGCCCCCCCCAGAUCAGUUGGACCAGUGGAUCCCCAAGGGCCACGAUAUUUAUGUGAUUGGGGUCCAAGAGUGUAUAGACCUCCGCACGAUGCGCCACGUCAUGGCCAGUCACUUGCAACGCAUCAAUGGAAAAACGUACAUCGAGUACGGCCGAGAAAUCGGACGCACGGAAACGCUGCUGGGGUACCAUGGCUUCAUUGCCAUCACUGUGUACGUGGCUGCAGACGACGUCCACGCUGGCCAUUUUCACAUGCAUUUGGACGCCACGUCCAAGGUGAACCGGGGAAAGAAUUUGAUUGGUCUCGGGCGCGCGUCCAACAAAGGUGCUGUGGGGUUUGCGUUUCGAUACUUCAACGUGACGUUUGCUGUGCUCACGUGUCACUUGGCGUCCGACUCGACGGGCAAGAGCAAGAUCAAGAAGAGACACCACGAUGGAGCCAGUAUCCUCACCAACAUGCAUCUGCAGUCGAUCGAGAACGAGUUCGACUGCCACUUGAUGGCCCACCACACCAUCUUUAUGGGCGACCUCAACUACCGCCUCACAUCGCUGGACGCGACGCCCGACCGCAUCCUCCACAUGAUCACAGAUGUCGUCAACAACAAUCUCAGCGACAACACCAUCAAGUGUGGCGAGGUAUUUAGUCUAGACCGCCCCAUGGACACCGCCGAGUUAUAUCGAUCGUCUGUGCCUGCCGCGUUCGACAUCAUGGAGGAACAUGAUAGGAAACGAGAAGGACGCCCGACGUACGUGCUCACACACACACCAAAGGCAGAAGUAGCUAUUGAUGACUCUCGAUCGUCGUCUACUACGAUGCACCCAAGCGACGCCCCCCCUCUAUCGACGACGACGACGACCAUGUCAUCCUGGCGGUGUUUGAUGGCCCACGACGAACUCAAGCAAAGCAUGGACAACGGCGACGUCUUUGCAGCAUUUGAAGAAGCCAGCAUUGCGUUCCCGCCGACGUAUCGCCGCGUGCUGGAUCGGGCGCUCGAGGUGCGCCAAGUGGCCACAUUUGACCAAAUAGCCGACCUGUACACGACCAUCUUGAGCGACGGCAGGGUCCGCGUGCCGUCGUACACGGACCGCAUCUUGUACCACUCGCUGCCGAUGCUGCAGGACCGGUUUAUAUGCGUCCAGUACACAAGUGCCGAGUACAUUGGCACGUCCGACCACAAGCCCGUGUCGUGUGUGUUUGAUGUGUGGGGGGUCGACAAGCAACCCCCGCCCCCUCCGCCAGUAGCCACCGCUUUGGCUAUUAAACAAGAACCGUGUGCCUCCAUUCCGUUGCCGCUGAAUACAUGUAUGGCGGCGCUCAAGGUGUUUACAGUGCACUUGGUCGCGCUCGACUUGGUGUGGGGGCCCCCGCUCGAAAAGUUAUCGGACGACGACUGGACCAGCGACGACGACGGGUCCACAUCCGGGGGGCGCGACAAGGCGUUGUCGUGGACGUCCAGUGCGGCGCCGAAUUUAGCAGACCCACGAGGGGAAGGACGGAUGAUUCGAGGACACCGCCGCCUGCGGGUACGCAGUCUGUUUCCCCUGCCCUGCGAAGACGAGUUUGCCGAAGAGCGCAAACUGGCCGAAGUGGCCGACCACUUUCAACCGCAUGUUGGGGCCAAGACGAGGCGGCGUCCGACGUGGAAAGUCAGUGAGUGGAAGACCGUGGCCGACCAAGGCCUGCGGCAGUCGGCGGUGCUGCCGACCACCCGAAGGAAGCACGUGGCGCUGAGUUUCGUCCUCCCGUCAGGCCAGUCGGCGGGCCAGUGCGUUAUCAGUUUGAUCGACGCGAGCCAUCGCAUGGGAAGAAUGGUCGACUUUGAAACACACGUGACCCUCGGCGGCCGACGGACUGGUGUGCUCUCUGGAAAAGCAACCCUUGUUGUGGAUCAUGCUCCUGCUGGGGAAUAAUGAAAAAUUGUAUCAAUAGUACUACUAUUAUUAGUAUU